AUGGCUGCUCCUAAUGUUCUCACUUUUGAUGCUGAGGGUCGAGCUGUCGACUUUGAGGUCUGGGUCGAUGACCUACAGCUUUUCCUACAGUGCGAUAGGACAGAUGGUCUCUCCCUGUUCGAUCUCACGUCUGGCGCCUCUCCUGCCCCUCCUGCCGAUGCUGACAGCACUGUUCGCUCACAGUGGGCCACAUGUGAUGCUGCUGCCCGUCUUGCUGUUCAUAGUCACUUGCCGUCCUCUGAGCGCGCGCACUUUGGUCAGUAUAAGAGCGCUAAGACCCUGGACCACUUCCUCUCUGUUUGCCCCACCACACUUACCGUUGACCUCCUCGAGGAGCGCCUCCUGGCAGCUGAGAAGAGCAAAGUCGCUGUAGGAGCCUCUCGUGGUGACCCUCGUACUCCCUUCUUUGAGGGGUGUUCCCCCUCCCCCUUCCUGCCCUCUGUUGCCUCUGCUGCUGCGGCCGACCUCGUUGGCCUCGAGUCGGUCGGAGCUGCGUCUGCCCCUAGCGGGAGACGCCCCUAG